UGAGAGUUUGACACGUCGCGUUCUAACCUCCAAAUUCUGACAGUUCCGCAACAAAGUUCAACUAAAAAGUUAACGAAAACUGUAUAGAAUGUUAAAAUCUAAUAAGUAUUUAAUAUUUAGUUAGUAGAACAGUGAUUAAUUAUGUACAAAAUUACUGUCAAGCAUUCCCAAAGUACGAGUAAUCGCUUCUACUAUAAAAAUUCCUAAACAGAACCUAAAAAUGUAAAUACCGUUAAUUUCGCUCAAAAUAUCUAAAAUUAUUUUUAAAAAAGUGUAUAAUAGUCGCAAAAGUAUAUAAAAGUUCUAAGAGAUAAUAAACGUGCCCUUUAAAAUGAUAUUUUUACGAACCUUAUUUUUUCUUUCAUUCUUUUCGUGGGUGAAUAGUGUGCGAAGAUUUGAAAAAAAGGACCUGGACGAAUUGCGAGAAGAGGUUCGUACAAUGUUUAAUCAUGCCUAUUCGAGUUAUCUUCGAUACGCAUAUCCAUACGACGAACUCCGGUCCUUGAGUUGUGACGGUUUCGACACCUGGGGAAGCUUCUCAUUGACCUUAAUCGACGCCCUCGACACCCUGGCUGUGAUUGGGAAUUACUCCGAGUUCCGAAGAGUGGCAGAGAUUAUAAGUGCAAGGGCAGAUUUCGAGGCGAAUAUUAACGUUUCAGUUUUCGAGACGAAUAUCCGAGUUGUCGGGGGACUCCUGAGUGCUCAUUUGCUCUCGAAGAAGGCGGGAAUGCGCCUGGAACCCGGGUGGCCUUGCAAUGGACCUCUUUUGAGAUUAGCGGAGGAUAUGGCCAAGAGACUUAUUGCUGCUUUUGAUACUCCAACCGGAAUGCCUUAUGGAACGGUGAACUUGAAGUACGGAGUCCCUGAAGGAGAGACAAGCAUAACCUGCACCGCGGGAAUAGGAACCUUCAUCCUGGAAUUUGGAACUUUGUCCCGUUUGACGGGAGAUCCUCUGUACGAGGAAGUUGCGAUGAACGCUCUGAAGGCCUUACAUUACCACCGAUCAAAAAUCGGUUUGGUAGGCAACCACGUGGACGUCCUGACGGGUCACUGGACAGCCCAGGACUCUGGAAUCGGGGCUGGCGUUGACUCUUAUUUCGAAUACCUCGCGAAAGGAACCCUUCUUUUUCAGGAUCCUCAAUUAGCUGCAAUAUUCCAUGAGCACAAGGCAGCUAUCGAAAAAUAUAUUAGAAAAGAAGACUGGCAUCUUUGGGUUUCAAUGAGCAAAGGUCAAGUGACUCUUCCAGUUUUCCAGUCCCUGGACGCUUAUUGGCCUGGAGUUUUGAGUCUUUUUGGAGAAAUUGAAGACGCUAUGAAGUCUCUUCAUAAUUAUCAUCGAGUUUGGAAACAGUUUGGUUUCACGCCGGAAUUUUAUAAUAUUCCGCAAGGGGAAGCUGGAACGAACAGGGAAGGAUAUCCGCUGAGGCCGGAAUUGAUAGAGUCUGUGAUGUAUCUUUAUCGAGCAACGGGAGAUCCUUAUUUAAUUCAGGUCGGGGUGGAUGUUUUAAGAAGUUUGCAACAUAGUGCUAAGACUACUUGUGGAUAUGCAACGAUUAAUGAUGUGAGAGAUCAUCGAAAAGCUGAUAGGAUGGAGUCGUUUUUCCUCGCGGAAACCACAAAGUAUCUUUAUCUGCUUUUCGACCCCGAGAAUUUUAUUCACAACAAUGGGGAACAUGGAGAUAUUGUCAAAACUCCCUGGGGUCAAUGUGUCGUGGACGCCGGAGGUUAUAUUUUCAACACCGAGGCCCAUCCGAUAGAUCCAGGAGCCCUUCACUGUUGUCGUCGAGUACAAAGUGUCUUUCCCGAGAAAAAAUCGACUCUCCGAAAAUUCGUUUCGGUUGAAAAUCAUCCAGAGGAAGAAGCUGCCGAGCCAGUUUCGGAAGAAGAAAGAAUUCUACAAAAUGAAUCCGAGAAAGACAAAUCAAUUGCAAUCGUGAAGCUCUCAGAAAUGAGACAAACCGCGAAUCUCACCAAGGAAAAUGUUUCGCGAGUGGAGGAGAACGAAGCAAUUGUGGAAAAUGCAGAAAUGGAAAUCGAAACUGAGAAUGUGAGUUCGGAAAAUUCCAGAAUUCAAGUUGUCCCGCCGCCUCCUAAUGUGAUUUAUAAAGCUGAUGACAGCGAAAAUAUCGAUUCUUAUGAAAUUGGAAGAGCGAGUGUCGAAUAUUCGUCAACGGUUUCACUUAGCAAUCGAACCGAUAAAUUGGAGGAGCAAGUUCCUAAAAAGAAAUUCGAGCCUCAGGCAAUGCUUGAGAAUAUUAGAAAAGGGAAUUUAUAUCCCAUGAAUCUGACAGCGAAAAUCGAUUAUCAGACUUUGUCUUGUAAAGCGCAACCCUUCUUGCAAAGGAUUUCGAUCGUGGGAGAAUUUUUUUGGAAAUCUGCUGCUGAUUAAUCCGAAUUUAAUUCUGCAACAAAAUUGUAAAUAUUGUCAAGUGUUUAGGGUGUCUGCCCUACCUGGAAAAUCUGAAAAUGUCAGGGAUUUUUGCUUAAGUCAGGGAACUAUUUCGUGAGCCUGCGUAAUUUCUUUUGAAAUUGCAAUGUAGAAUUGAAUAAAAAUUAUUAUUCGUUUGUAAAA